UCUUCUUACUCAUCAGAAAGCUCGCUGAGCUGUUCAAGCAUUGCAGGAUGAUUAGGAUUAGUUUUAUUGUUAUUUUAGUAAGUUUUCGUGUCGUGGCUGUGACAAUGCGGGAGUGCGGUGCGAUGCGGGACUGCACCGCGUCUCUGCGCGCGCACAGCCCACUUUCCUACACUUGUAGAGAUGGCAGUGAAAUGUGCGCAGUGUUCUGUAAGAGUGAUGAGUCUCGGGUUUUUUUUUUUUUUUGCGCAUUAGGCACAUGUUCCCGGCGGUGCGGUGCGGUGUUUUGCGGUGCCAUUUUAAGGCGCGCGCAUCUCUCCUGCAACCGUGUUUACUAGGAAAUGCUUGAUCCUACUCGAAAUUCUCACUUUAUUUCACUUUCUGUAGAGAUUUGGAUGUAUUCAGAGGGUGUUUCAGGGCUCUGUGUGCAUGGAUCUGUGACGAGGUCAUGCGCAAACAUGACGGGGAAAGUUCUUUCAGGGACAGUCCUCUUCUUUCUUGUCUUGUUUGUUUGCUGGUGCAGCGCUUUAACUGUGUGUAUGUGUGUGGUCUCUCUCUCACACACACUCACACACACUCACACACACCCCUGCUCCCCAUGAUGGUGGGUGUGCUCCAAAACAAACUUGCAUCCUUGCGAGCUCUGCCGCACGCGCUCACAGCAUCCUACAGCAUCCUACAGCUUGCACCCUGAGGAUUAAAAAUAAUCCUAAUAUAAGAGCUCGUGUGUCUUGUUCUACAGGCUGAAUAAGUAGCUGCUUGUGUUCUUGAGCUGGAUGGCAGAGUUGCCCGAGCGCUGAGGGGGUUAUAACAUGCUGGACUUUGACGCUGCUGUCGUGUUUUUGGACUGAAAUCCCUGUGGAAAGGUGUUUGGAUGGAUUUUAAUCCACUGCAGAUAAAAGAAGCAUGCACGGAUAGGAGUGCUGGUUUAACACCAUGAUGGAGAGAGUGUGUGUGUGUGUGUGUGUGUGUGAGUGAGAGAGAGAGAGAGGAGUACUCAGCAUGGAGUCGGUGUGUGACGCAGCGGCGCGCGCACUAACAGACAAAGAGCAUGAGUGGUGCAGGAGUGUGAACUCAUCACCUCAUCACCUCCUCCAGCUGUUUAUCCAGCUGUGGAAGUCGCUCUGGUUUCAUUUCCAGCGCGCAGAGGAGUGGAUGAGCUCGGAGCCCGUGAAGCCGAGCUGAAGGUGGUGGUGUGGUGGUGUGGUGGUGGUGUCCUGCUUCCGCGCUGCAUGGAGCACUUCACUGCACUGCACUGCACUUCACUCAUCUCACCCUGGCUUUUAUUUUUAUUCUCUUAAACCCGCACACUGUGUUCACGCAGCUGCAGCUGGUCACCUGAAUCAACUUACUCACCUUUACAGCAAUAAACAGAAGUGUUUGUGUGUACUUUGUGCUGGUUUCGCACUACGAGGCUCCAUGUUUGUAGCCCUCCUCCCCCUCUCUCCUCCUCCUCCUCCUCUGGAAGGCGGCGCCAUGUUUGAACGACGUCAGAGAAGCGAGAGAGAGAGAUAGAGAGAGAGAGAGAGAGAGAGCGAGAGAGCUCGAGCCUUCGCGCCAUGGCGGCGCGCGCUCACUCCGUCAGACCCAAACACACAGGCUGGUGGUGUGUAAAUCCUGCUCUAAAGCAUGGAGUGUACAUCAUUAUCACCAUUACACUGCACACCAGUGUGGAAUAAUCCUAAACAGUGAUACAACACACACAUACGGGGCUAAUUAACGCAGUCAUAGCUCACAAGUGUGUGUGUGUGUGUGUGUGUGUGUGUGUGUGUGUGUUAUAUCUUAGUGGGGACAUCUGGUUGCUCCUCAUGAGCCAAAAGGUUUCCUUUUGGUUACUAAGGUAAAGGUUUGAAUCAAUAGAAGGUCCCACUAUGAACAAAGGUGUGUGUGUGUGUUUUAAUUAGUGUGUGUGUUUUAGUGUGUUAGUGUGUGUGUGUGUUUUAAUGUGUGAAUGUGUUUUAAUGUGCGUGUGUGUUUUUGUGUGUUUUAAUGUGUGAAUGUGUUUUAAUUAGUGUGUUUGUGUUUUAAUGUGUUUUAGUGUGAGUGUGUGUUUUAAUGUGAUUUAGUGUGAGUGUGUGUUUUAAUGUGAGUGUGUGUGAGGGGGAGAUAACUGCAUUUAUAAAGUCACAGAUCACUCUUUACUACACGCAGUAACAGCUUUUGUGUGAUUACUGAUUUCAUUUGGUGAAGCAACAGACUGGUUUAGUCUCUGAAUAGAAAUCAACACUGUGCAAAACUUUUAUUCAGUUUACAGUAAAGCAGAAGUAUUUCAUCUACUACCAGUAUUGUGAUACUGCCCAGAUGCUUUAUAGGAUGUUUGGUUUCCAUAAGCCAAAGAUGUACCGCAGUCUGAACGGAUGCUGUAUCUGCAGGGCAAAAUCCUCCAGCUCUCGCUUCACAGACAGCAAACGCUAUGAGAGAGACUUCCAGAGCUGCUUUGGCCUCUGCGAAACCCGCUCUGGAGAAAUUUGUAAUGCUUGCGUGCUGUUGGUGAAACGCUGGAAGAAGCUUCCGGUGGGAUCCAAAAAGAACUGGAAUCACGUGGUGGAUGCGCGAGGUGGACCCAGCCUGAAGAUGACGGUGAAGGCUAAGAAAGUGAAGCCUCUUUCUAGAAGAAUCAGGCCAAGUCAGAUCCGCAGAGUGCAGAAUGAACUGAAAAGAAACAACUCCGAUGCUCACAGCACCACCUCCAGCGCUAGCCCUGCCCAGUCUCCCAGCUACAGCAACCAAUCAGAUGAGGGCUCUGACUCUGAGCUGGCUCCCGGCUCCGCCCGCUCGCCAGUCUUCUCCUUCUUGGACCUGACCUACUGGAGAAGGCAGAGGGUGUGCUGUGGCAUCAUCUACAAGGGCCGCUUUGGAGAAGUGCUUAUCGACCCCCAUCUCUACAAACCCUGCUGUCAGAAGAAGCAGGGGCGUGAGGAGGAGGAGGAUGAGCAGGAGGAAGAGGACACGGAGCUGGAGAAAGAGGAAGGACAGGCGAGUCAGAGCAUGCUGGCGUCUCCGCUCGCACGUCCCGACUCUCCGCCUCUGCCUCUCAAAACGGAGGGAGAGGAGGGAGAGGAGGAAGAGGAGUGGUGACUCUGAUUCCCAGUGAACUGACUUUACGGGGUUUGAGGGGUUAUGUGCUCUUCAGGCACUCGUAAAGAAGUUCUCUCGAUUUCCUACAAUCUAAGAGCAGCUGGAACUUUUUCUCUGAGUUGGGAUGAACAACCUUACUGUUUUUUUUUUUUUUUUUUUUGUG